CCCGCGCCGCCGCCUCGCGCGCGGGUAUAAGAAGCGGCCCCGGCGAGGAGCGGGCAGCCAGCGCCCCGGGUCCUGUGAGCGCUCCCGGACUCCCGACGCGCGGACCUCAGAACGCCGGACCCCGAACCCCGGUUCCCCGGACCGGUCUCGCGGAGCCCGCGCCGAGCAGACCCCAGAAGCCGCGAUGCCGGGCCCUUGGUUGCUGCUGGCCUUAGCUUUGACCCUGACCUGUGUCCCCGGCUGCCGCGCCCAGCCCGAGGUGGCCCAGAAGGAGGCGGUCACGGCGGCUGAGCGCCCGGGCCUGGACGACCUCCUGCGUCAGGCGGAGCGCCUUCUCCUCCUCCGGGAAGACCUCCAGCGGCUGAGAGCGGACCGGGGAGAUCGUGAUACAGAGCCCCAGACCCUUCAACUUGACUGGCUCUCCAAGCGUCAGCAUCCAGGCAAAAGGGAGAAAGAGGCAGAAGAGGGAGUUGAAGAGGAGGAAGAGAAAGAAGGGGAGACCGUGGGACCCCAAAAACGGCAGCACCCUGGCCGGAGGGAGGAUGAGGUUUCAUGGUCAGUCGAUGUAAUCCAGCAGAAGCGGCAGCACCCUGGCCGGCGCUCCCCCUGGCUUGGGUAUACUAUCACCAAGAGGCAACACCCAGGCAGACGGCUGGUGGAUUCCAAGGCCCAAAGGAGCUGGGAAGAGGAAGAGGAGGAGGGCGCGGUGAUGCCUGAGAAACGCCAACAUCCGGGCAAGAGGGCCUUGGAAGGCCCAUGUGGGCCCUGGGGAGCCUGUGACCAAGCAGCCUUCCUGCUCGGGCUCCUGGGUGACCUAAGCAGGGGCCAAGGAGCUGAGGAGAAGCGGCAGCACCCUGGGAGGCGGGCACGCUGGGCCAGGGAGCCUCUAGAGGAGUAAGCCCAGUUCCUUAUACAACCAAAUUUGGGGUCUGAGUAUGUCCUAAGCUCUGUGUCCCCUACUCUUUCAUGACCUCCUCCCUCCCCGCCUUAGAGCCCUGAUCUUAAACCUGAGCCCCUGAAUACACACCCUCCCAGGGCUCUAGCCUUGCCUCCCUCCUUCAGGGACACAAGAAAGCCAGCCUGUGAGUUAAAAUGCCAUAUUACCCGACUCUGCACCACUGGCAAGAGGAUAGAUCCCAGACCUCUCCUCCCCUCUCCCCCUGCACCUCUCAGGCUUCACCCCCUUCCUCAGCCCUGGCCUUUCUGUGUCUUCUAAGGGAUCCCCAAAGUAGGGAAGGGUGCCUCUGGAGCAAGCAGUCUGUGAGGGUGGGGAGAGAUGGAAGCUGUGAUGCCCCAGUUCAGCUUCCAUGCCCUGCCCCAUAAGGAGGAUUCACCAUAGGUAAACUUCACCCCAGGACCAGGAUCCCUUUCCCCUUCUUGGGUACCCUUUUGUGGGUGGGCAGAGCCCUGACCUACAUCUGCAUUCUGCUUGAGGGAAGCAUUUUGGGUAGAGAUGCCUGUGGUGCUGGGCUGUGUGGUGGUGGUGGAACAAAUGUGUGUAAAUAAGGAUGUUUUAACAUCUCCCUGGAAGUCCUGGCUUGUACAUAACCCUCUAGGCACUUUCCUUUUUCAAGGAUAAUCACCCUACUGCUAAUAAAAUGGGCAUCUAGAUCACCUUGGAGUUCUGUGGUUGUAGUCUGUCCCAGUUGGCGUGUUUGGGGUUUCUCUUUUCAGCAC